CGCGUACAAAGCCGCCUACUUUUCUCCCUUUAAGACAAUGACUUAUUAGAUGUUGGAAUUUCCGCGUUUGUUAAAUGAUCCGUGCUCAAGUAGUAGUACUAUAAAGUUGGGUUUUUGAUAAUUGUGAUGCGGUAAAUAGAAUUCUUGAUUAUAUAGUUGAAGGAAGAGAGAGAAAGAGAGAUGUCAGGUGAUCUGGAAUCCAUAUCAGAGGCGACUUCUGGAGCCAUAGGAGCUCUAGUUAGCACUACUAUCUUGUACCCUCUUGAUACCUGUAAAGCUAAGUACCAAGCUGAGGUUCAAGCUCAUGGUCUCCGUAAAUACAGGAAUCUCUCUGAUGUUUUGCUGGAGGCAAUAUCAAGGGGUAAGGUACUGUCACUGUACCAAGGUCUGGGAACCAAGAACUUGCAAUCUUUCAUUGCCCAGUUUGUAUAUUUCUAUGGAUAUAGCUACUUUAAGAGACUCUAUUUGGAGAGAAGUGGUGCCAAAUCCAUUGGAACAAGAGCCAAUCUGAUAAUUGCAGCUGCAGCUGGCGCUUGUACGGCCCUAGCAACUCAGCCACUAGAUACUGCUUCCUCAAGGAUGCAGACAAGUGCCUUUGGUAAAUCGAAAGGCCUCUGGAAAACACUUACAGAAGGUAGUUGGAGUGAAGCAUUUGAUGGCCUUGGAAUUUCUUUACUGUUGACAUCCAACCCUGCCAUUCAGUAUACAGUUUUUGAUCAACUUAAACAACACUUGCUGAAAGGUAAGGAGAAGACGACAGAAAAAGAUGCAUCGCCUGUUGUACUUUCUGCAUUCUCAGCUUUUGCAUUAGGUGCGCUGUCAAAGAGCAUAGCCACAGUUCUAACCUAUCCAGCCAUCAGGUGUAAGGUCAUGAUUCAAGCAGCGGACGACGAGGAUAAGAAGGCUGAACCAAAAUCAAGUAAGACAAUCAGUGGUGUCAUAUGCUCUAUCUGGAAGAAAGAAGGUAUCUUGGGUUUCUUCAAGGGAUUACAUGCUCAAAUCCUCAAAACAGUGUUAAGUUCAGCAUUGCUUCUAAUGAUAAAGGAAAAGAUCUCCGCCUCAACUUGGGUCCUCAUACUUGCACUUAGGAGAAUUCUACUAAUCAGGCAGAGAAGGCUAAAAAGUACAUAAAUCGUUUACUUGUGAUCAACUGUGCUGAAGUAUCUGCGGAUAAUGGCUUUGAUGAGAAAUCAGAAGAAAGAUUGUUGCAAUCGAAGUAUUUAGCUUCAACGGUGGAGAAGAUUCAUUAUUAACCAGUAUUCAGGUCCAGAGCAUACAACAAAUGUGAUUACAAGCAGCAAGAUCUCGAGCAAAUGAUUGAAUUUAAGACAAUAUGAUGAUAGUUUUCAGACUUAUUAGAAGAGAAUAAUCUGACAAGAAACAUUUGUUUAUUCAAUAAUGUAGGAGAGAAACAAUCAACAUUUGAUUUUCUUAUUCCCUAUUUAGUUGGUUUCUCAAUAUGAACUUGGAUCUGUUGUUUAAACUGAAUGAACUAAUUCCUCAAAGUUCAUCGUGGUAUACAAGGGGAUAAUUUUAUAUUA